AAAAUAUAGUAACAUACGGAAAUAAUGACCAAGGACGGAGAUAUUUGUUUAAUUUUCUAAGGAGGACUGGACUGGAAGGACGAAUUUAAUUAAGGUAUAGUAAGUCAAAGCGAGACAGCAGAUGGUAGUAAUGCAACACUAUGGAUGCCAACUGCCGUAAAACUCCAACGAAGAAGAAGACGGUGCGCGUUCAUUCAUCACCAGAGAGUGGCGGUAACGCGCUGCUGCGCUGCUGAUCUCCGCAGCGUAGAAGAAGACGAGCAGGAGACGCAGUACACCACACGCGUUUACAGUCAACUGGGGGAAACGCUGCUUAUUUAAAAGUACACAAUGAAAACAGAAAAACAAAUGAAACAACAGAAGAACGAGAAACAUUUCAGUAAAAAGAAGUUAAAGAAAAAUGCGAACCCUGCAUCAGAUGAUCACCUCCAGCAGAUUCCUCAUCGAUUGCGUGAAAUCAUGAAGAGUCAAGAGAGGAUGAAACAGGGCUCCCAAAAGAGGAAAAAAGCCUCCAAGCCAAAGAUGCUCUCAGGAGAUAUUCCUAUCCCACACUUCCGCAGAGGGCGACAGGAGUCAGAGAGGGCUUAUGUGCAGCGCAUGACCGAAGAGAGUGAGCACGUCCUCUUCCUCACAAACAAUCAGGUAGAGCGACAUCCAGAGGUCAAGCCAAAGAAAGAAGAGGAGACGCAGGAAAAGAAAUCUAAAAAGAAAAAUAGGCUUCAUAAAGGGAAACUUCUGCAACAGAAAAAGAAGCUAAACCAGCAAGAGGAACGUGACGAGGAGGAGAUGUUUAAAGAUGAGGUACCGUUUGGAGAGGUCGCCAUGGCGCCUCCAACACUGAGUGUUAAACCAAAGAAAGCCAUAGUCAAACCCCAGGGGGCAACCAAAGGUCUUCUCCUGACCUCCCUCCUGGGUCACAGUCCUAUGUCGGUCAACAAACCCUCUAUGGCGAGGAAGAGGAUGAUGGAGGAAGAGCGGGGGAGAGUGGUGCAGCUGUACAGACAGAUGAAGAAGAAGCAGAGAGACAAACAUGAGCAGGACAGGGCUGCCAUGACCUCCACAUGAUGCUCUGCUGUUUGUAUUAUAUAGUAUUGUAUUAUAUCUCAAUGUAUAAUUAAUUUUUCUAUACAUUUUUGCUACAUCUGCUGGUCAACAAUACCAUAUUGAUGGAUUUUGUGAUUAAAUAUUUACAAGUGGAUGUAGCAGGACUGUGUAAAAGGCAAAAAAUAAAUGUUCACACUUUUUUAUAAUGCACAGUGAGUUCACAUGUAUUUUGUCCUGUAAUAUUCAGAAUGACAAUUCUAAAUAUUUACGUUUUAAAAAGUAAGGUAUUACAAUAUGAAUUUAGGUAUCUUAUUCUCAUCCUGCACUUUUUGUGCAAUGAAAUUAUAUAUGAUAUUACUUUUGUAAAGCGGUUGAUCAUCGAUUGUCAAUUGGAGGAUGAUAAAAUGAAAAAAUAAGUAAAAAUUCCAUAGACUUACUUUUUAUAUAUAUAUAUAUAUAUAUAUUUGUAUGUGCACAGCAUAAAUGAGUACACCCCCUCUAAAACGUAACAAAUUCAGCAAUUACUCUUUACUUAAAUGACGUGUUUGGGUUCUUUGGAGAUAUACUGUUCCAACAAGCCAGCUUGAUCAAUUACCAAAGAAGAAUGUCAAAAUUAUUCAGCAAAAUAAGAUUUUAUUAUCAAAGUGAUGACAUGUUGUGUUGCAAAAAUGAGUACACCCUCCUGAAAGUUACUAAAUAAAAUAAAUAAAUAAAUGUG